AAGAAAAUAAAAAAGACCCGGCAGUAAUAGUAUCCAUCCGCUGAUCCGCAUCUUCCAGCGCAGCGAGGGAGGGAGAAGAGAGCAAGGCGAAGCGCAGCGCUGAAGCCCAGUGGUAGAGUAGCGGCAGCCGAAUCCUGCGGGCAUGGCGGCCAAGGGCGCGGCGCCGGCGGUGGCGCUGAGCAGCGGCCACCGGAUGCCCGCGGUGGGGCUGGGCGUCUGGCGGAUGGAGAAGCCCGCCAUCCGCAGCCUCAUCCACUCCGCGCUCCGCAUCGGCUACCGCCACCUCGACUGCGCCGCUGACUACCAGAAUGAAGCCGAAGUUGGUGAUGCACUUGCAGAGGCAUUCCAAACCGGACUUGUCAAGAGGGAGGAUCUGUUCAUCACAACCAAGCUGUGGAAUUCAGAUCACGGUCAUGUGAUUGAAGCCUGUAAGGAUAGCUUGAAGAAGCUGCAGCUAGAUUAUCUUGAUCUCUAUCUUGUUCACUUCCCAGUAGCUACUAGACAUACUGGAGUUGGUACAACUUCUAGUGCUCUUGGUGAUGAUGGUGUGCUUGACAUUGAUACCACUAUCUCAUUGGAAACAACAUGGCAUGCGAUGGAAGGACUUGUUUCUAUGGGACUGGUCCGCAGCAUUGGGAUCAGCAACUACGACAUCUUCCUCACCAGAGACUGCUUGGCCUAUGCUAAGAUAAAGCCUGCGGUGAACCAAAUUGAGACGCACCCCUACUUCCAGCGUGAUUCGCUUGUCAAGUUCUGCCAGAAGCAUGGGAUCUGCGUCACAGCGCAUACCCCCUUGGGUGGUUCCACUGCCAAUACCGAGUGGUUCGGGUCAGUCUCAUGCCUCGACGACCCUGUCAUCAAGAGCUUGGCUGAGAAGUAUGGCAAGACGCCUGCGCAGCUUGUCCUCCGCUGGGGCCUCCAGAGGAACACGGUGGUGAUCCCCAAGACCUCCAAGGUUGAGAGGCUGCAGGAGAACUUUGAGGUAUUUGAUUUCGAGAUCUCGGGCGAGGACAUGGAGAAGAUGAAGGCCAUCGACAGGAACUACCGAACCAACCAGCCUGCCAAGUUCUGGGGCAUCGACCUGUAUGCUUAGUUCACUUGCAUGGCGCCUGAGCUUUCAUGUAUGUGGACAUUUAUGAAUAAUUGUUCCAUCCGCUGUCCCCCAUACGGCAUCAAUAAUGAGGAUCCCCUCGUCUCCAUCACGUGUGAAAUUGCUGUUAGGGUUUGUUUUGUUAUCCCCACAUUUGUCAUUUCUCUUUCAAGUCAGAUUCACCAAUGUAGACUACAA